AUGAACUCCCAGGUCCCUUUGAUCUUACAUUCUAGGACCCUCCUGAAGCUCAUGGCCCCAUGGAAUAAGUGCUAUUAUCAUCCCGCCCCUUUGACGCGAAAGAAAGCUCAACCACCGACCGGGCCUCAGAGAUGCCGACAACGCCGGGCUCCUGAUUACACCCCCGUGGACCAGACGGUAGACAUCGCAGGUCAGGCUGUGCAGAGCCCUGUCUCGUCAUUGAGCCCCUCAGAAACUUCUGCAUUCCUUGGUUCAACCAGCUAUAUCUCCGUCUUCAAAGAACCCCGUCAUGGGUGUCCUGCUGAGCUAGCAGGUCGCUUCACGCCGAGUUCGAGCGCUGGCGAAACGAUCAAGGUCGCACGACCGGCGCGACUGGUCUCGGUGGUGGAUUUCCACUACGACAUGAUCUCCUGCUACUACCACCGGGGACGUUUCACGAUCGUCCCCGCGCCGUUGGUUCUGACGCCUCUUAAGUAG